CAUCUUGUUCCGGGUUCGGUAACUUUAUACUAUCUAUGGAGUUGUGCGACUUAUUUGCUUUUUUCUAAGGAUGCAUAAGAUGUGGAACAUCAACCAUCCUUACAUGUUAGUUACUGCUUUUGUAUUUCUAAGUUGUUGCAAACAUGCAAUACUCAAUGAGACGAAGGAAUGGACAGCAUGUCUCUUUGCUAUUUCCUGUCUAUGCAAAGACGUUCCUGGUUCAGGAAAUCUUAUAGCAGAUUGUUCAGAUAAAGAUCUACUUCGUAUACCUAGGUUUCCAAGCAAUAUCCAAGAGUUAUAUCUCCGAAAUAAUAAUAUCAGUACAAUACAAGAUGGGAUUUUUGAAGGCAACUCUUUAAUGACGACUUUGGAUUUGUCCUUUAAUAAUAUUAGUCAAAUACGAAAAAACUCGUUCAAAGGACUCACAAAUCUUCUCUCUUUAAAUCUUAGCAACAAUGGUUUGAAAUAUGAAAACAUUUCGUUUGAAUAUUCAGCCUUUCAUUUCCUGGAGAACUUAAAAAAAUUGAAUUUGAAAAGAAAUGUCCAUACAUCAUUCGUGCCAGAUUUAUGGAAACUGCGAUCACUAGAAUCGCUGUCAAUAGAUUAUGUUGAAGACAAAAUGGCAAUUUUUGAUGAAAAAUUUAGCUAUUUAAAAAACCUUACAAUUCUAGAUUUAUCUGGUUCUACUGGUAAUUGCAAAAUGACUAUACUAACAGAGAAGACAUUCUUGUUCUUUACUCAAAUAUCUCAUUUGAACUUAUCCAAAUGCAUGAUACAAUAUCUUUUCAAAGGAACGUUUAAACUAUUGAGAAAUAUAUUGGAACUUGACGUUUCUCUAAAUACAUGUUUAAGAUUCGAAGCACUUGAAAAUAUUACCACCGAUUUGCAACAUUCGGCAAUUCAAAUCUUGAAAUUUAACUAUAUUCAUGGUUUUUUGGAAAAGACUACAGUCCUGAAAACUUCUCAUAUAUGGAAUUUACGAAAUACUUCAAUUGUUAGACUGGAAGCCGCCGGGAAUCGUAUCCAGACAAUAGAAUCCGGAGCAAUUAAAUAUUUACCUGAAACAUUCAAAAGUGUAGAUAUAAGGAAAAACAUGCUUUCUGCAGGCAAAUAUCUGCUUGAUCUCACAAAUAUGUCAAUUGCAUCACUGGAAAUGUCUGACAAUACUUCUCCUCUUGAUAUUAUCUCAUCCUAUGUAGAAAAAUGUCCUAUUAAAGAAGAAACUGUUACCAUCAAUUCUGAAAACAAUUGGUUAUAUACAGAGCUCCCAAUUUUGGAACUGUUUAAAAAUAGAUCUGGUAAGUUUGUGUUUCCAAUGCCAAGGAAUCUGAUAAAGGUUUCACUGAGGUCCAGCAACGUAAAAUUUGAAUUACCAAACUUGAGUUUCACUGCAAAUGAAAUAGAAAAUGUAGAUUUUAGUGAUAAUGUCUUGCAUACAUGGACAGGACCAAUAACGAAUGUUAAAAAACUGACACAUUUGGACCUUUCAGCAAACUUUUGUUCUAAUGUUUCAAAGACAUUUUUUAGUCCAGAUUUCAUCAAUUUAAGAUGUUUACUGCUACAAAACAAUCUACUAGGACUUGUUAUACCGACGGAUGUCAACGGAGAAAUAUUUCAGAACCUCCAUAACGUCGUGUACAUCAAUCUUUCUAAAAAUAAAAUAACGAAUAUACCAAAUAUGUUAUUUCAAAGGCAAUACAAUUUAGAAAGUUUAGACCUCAGUGAAAACAUGAUCGAAGAUAUCAACUUUAAACUUUCUCAUAUGAAAAAGCUCACGUUUUUGAAUUUACGCAAUAACAGAUUAUCUUCCCUUGGCAAUUAUGUCAUGAACGCGUUGAACUCGAUAGCAAAAAUGAAAACAAAUCUCACUAUAGACCUUUGUGGAAAUAAUCUGGUAUGUAAUUGUGAUUCUCUGUCUUUCCUCAAAUGGAUAAUUGACACACCAACCAUUCUUCAUCAUCGGGAAGAAUACGAAUGUAAAACAUCACAAAAUACCAUAAGUCUUCUGCAAAACCCUAGAGAAGUUUAUGAAACAAUACGAAAGGAAUGUAUGUCAUAUGAAGGUUUGAUAAUUGGAUUAACGACUGGAAUUUUGAUGUUUAUUUUUAUUCUAUGUGGUGGUAUUGUUUACAGAUACAGAUGGAAACUACGCUAUCUUUACUAUAUGGUCAAGGUCAAAUGGAAUGACCCCGAACCGCAAUCAGACAACAAAGAUGAACGAUUAUACAUGUAUGAUGCUUUCGUGUCAUAUGCAAAUGAGGAUGACAAAUUUGUCCACCAUAAACUUCUCAAUAAUCUAGAAAAAAAUUGUGGAAUUCAGCUGUGCUUGCAUAGGCGUAAUUUCUUACCCGGAAAUGACAUCGCCACUAAUAUCACAUCCGCAAUUCAUAACAGUCGGAAAACAAUUGUCAUUAUGUCUUCAAAUUAUUUAGCUUCGUACUGGUGUAUGUUCGAAUAUAAUAUGGCUAAAAUGGAGAGUAUCUAUGAACGCAAUUGUGAGAACAUCCUUUUCCUAGUAUUUUACGAGCAAAUGUCUGCUUGCAAUCUUCCACUUAGAAUACUCGAACUGGUGCAUUGUCAAUCAUAUAUUGAGUAUCCAAAUGAUGAGUACGGCGAUGUUGUUUUUUGGGAACAGCUUCAAAAGGCAAUCAAAUCUUACUAGUAAAUAUGUCUGCUAUUUGACGCUACAUAUCUUUAAUUAUGUAUGGGGACUUCCGGCAUUCAUUUGGUUAAUUAUUGUGUUACAUUAAAUGUUUUGUCUUAACAAUAUGUUAACAAGAUUAUAGCUUCUUCUAAAAAAAAUCAACGAUUAUUACUUUGACAUAUAUGAAUUUUGGAUUCCUUUUCAAGUAAGUUAUUCAUUCGUGUUACUAAUUCGCCAUACUAACCAAAUAUAUGUUGAAAACACGUGAAAUGCACAGUGUUUUUAUGAACCGCGUAGAGUUUGAGUAAGAGACUAACCAAAUUGUUUUUCUUUCUCCAUCGCAUAUGUUAGUUAGAUUUGAUGAUAGAUGUAGAAAGAUGUGGAUGAUACAUGUAUUCACAUAUUCAAAACUAUAAGGCAGAUAUUUGGACGAGUCUUAGUAUCCGUCGGAUUGCCUGUUAUGAUAAAAACUACAUAAAUCUUAACGAAGUAAUAAGAUACUCGCAGCAUAACCUACUAACAUUUGACAACAAAUUAGAUAUGAACUUUUUUUUUGGUAUUGUUAUAUUGAUUGUUCAUUGUAGCUAUGAAUGAUGUAUAAAUGCAUACCAGCUAUAGAUUGUAAUGGAAAUUACAAUGCUCUCUGAAGUUUAAAAACCUAAUUAAAUAUGUCUUUGAUUGUCUUUCUGUAAAUAGUAUAUUUUCCUAUUCAACAGUCUGGAAAUUUAUUACACAUUUAUCAACCAUUGCAUUAUGAUUAAUUGCUAUUGAAAGUUCUCACUCUAUAAUUUGCUAUUUUUUCAAAUUUCAUAUUUCAAUAAUGUUUGAAAAGAUAAGAUAUCUUAUUUAAUGGCUACAUGUAAAAUUAGUAGGAUACUUUUAAUAGAAAUAGGAGUAUAAGGUUGAAAAUUAUUCGAUGUUGUGAUUUUUAAUGAUACACUCAGAUAUAUCUUGGUAGCUAAUCUAAGAAAUAUGUGUAAUUAGCCCAGCAUCACAGGAAUCACAGGAAUCAAAUUUUGAUCCAUUGAAGUUCGUUGUCUAAAAAUUAAGUCCCAACUGAUGGUACUUCUGACACAUUUAAAUAAUCUUAGCUUAUUGUGUUCCUUAACUAACCCACUUCUGACUUAUACAAUCAAUUUUGAAUUCUUGAUUUUUUUAUAUUUCACCCUUCAUCCUUCCAAUAACGCGUAAGUAGCUAUGUUAAAACAAUAUCAAUUGACUGGCAUUUUAUUAUGCUUUAAAGCAAUGACUUGUUUCCAAAAUUCAUUGGAAUACCAUUAAACUCAAAAGUAAAAAAAUUAAAACAUGAAAUGGUGCAAAUUUAAACUACUUACAGGAAAAAGAUCUUCUUAAACAAUUCCAUCUCUUAAAGAGGAAGGUGUAUAAGGGGUUUGUGGGUUGUUUAUUCAUUUAACAGCACAUUUUGUCAUAUGGGCAAUACUUAGACAAGUCUUUUCAAAAAGAAAAACGACAUUGAAAAAUCUAAGAAAAAGGCUUGUAAUGUUUUUUGGCAAAUAAUUCAUAGAUUUGUUUUACUGUAAUUAUAUGAUUUUUUCUCAACAGAAUUGUUAUCUCUUAUUUUCUUUAUGUUUCGAGCAUACUUUUUAUGACACAAUGUU